GUAGUGGUUUGUUGGAUGAAUUCGAAUCGAUUUUUUCCCACACCUCUAAUAUAUAUAUAUAUUUUACUCGCACAUUAAUUGACUGAAAAAAAUGCGCACUUGCCACACUCUAACCCAACACUGCGGCGCGAGUGUGAUGUCACGUUAUCGAUGGGGAAAUUAAUUUUUAGACUAUAGGUUUUGCCUGAGCAGCUAGGAGACAGAAUAACAAGCGGUAGAAAAUGGAUUAGAAAGGACAGAUUUAAAAUAAAUAAUUCAAUCCGGGAUGGCUUUUGAAAGCUGGUGAGCCGUGUCUGGCCCGCGGGCCGUGGUCUGGGGACCCCUGGGUUAGGUCCUUGAGAUUUACAACACAGGUUUUCAAAGUUUGGCACUGAGAAUGAGAAGAGUGUAAUCUCAUGUUUGCCUAUCGUCCUAAACAUUCUAAAAAAAUCUAUGAAUUUGACCUUUAUGUUUAAAAACUUGUGUUAUUAUUAUUUUUUUUUUUCUUUCCAACUGCUGCACCAUCCUUAGUGUUCUGGGUCUGCUUGGUACUUUUAAAACUGCUGCUUUCCUGCACCAUCACUACAGGCAUCACCAUGUACGCUCCUCCUUUCAUCCAGUAGUGCCUUCCAUCAUUUCCCUGUUUACUAACAAACUUUUUUAUUCCCCAUCAUUCAUCUGGCAUUUAUUUUCCAACAGGUUGGCUUCUCUUCAAUAAUCAAUCUUCUUCAAUGUCCCUGCUGGUGAUUUUUCUCCCCCUUCCCUGCUGCCUACUUUUUCACCUCCCACGGUCUUUUUCAGUGACAUCACAUGCACAGUAGUUUAACCCCCCUAACCGCUAAUCUCUUUCGCCUACCGCCCUCCACACAUUGUCUCCCAAAAAGAUAAGAGGGUUAUAUGCCCCUUUACAUAACCAUUCCGCAUCAUAAAUGCAUCCAACUUUUAAUUUAAAUGCUUGAAAAUGAGCCAUUCUCUGGGUGCCACUUCAGUUGAUUACAGAGGUAAUAAUCAGGGGCUGCUGAACUUGACUGCUUUUGCGCCAUAGUGUUAUAAUUCCACGGCAGGGGUUGUGCGGAGCAGAUGGCACUGACAGGCUGUAACUUACCAAACAGCAAGGUCAGGGCAUGCUGGGGAAAGACCGGAGACAAAGGUGACGAGAUCACCGUGUCUUAGUUAGCUGCAGACCUCUGGCUUUGCACCCAGUAAAGAAGACAUCCAAAGAAAACAUGGUGUAUUCUAUAAAACUAGAUCAUGCCUUAGUAUUCAUCCUAUGCCAGCAGCAGCAGGAUGGGGAAAAAAUCUUUUCAAUUUUACCACAGAGCGACUGAGGAGGAGGAGGAAAAGGAGGCGUGGCCUGCCCAGUGAGAUAGUGAUGCUCUUAGCAGGUGCCAACAAGUGAGAGGUAGCUCAGAGUGGAGAUGGAGAAGAGGCAGUAAGCGCAGAAGACGUCCACAAGAAGAUAUCCGUGCACUACAACCAACCAGUCUCUAGCAGCUGCUGUUUCCAGUUGUCCAGCUCAUCACCUGUGCUGCCAUGUUGCUUUGUCCCUUGUUGCUGGGGGCCACUCUGCUCAUCAUGGCCCCCCUUGACACCUCGGAGGCUCGCGUGCUGCACCCUCCUCCUGAUAGCAGCGCACAGUUAAUGGAGCAGCUGCUGGACCAUUACGACUUGGAGAACCUCUUAAACAGCCCGGCAGAGGAGCAGUCCACCUUGUCCUCCGACUCCAAAGCUUUAGAGUUCCCCGCCAAGUGGGUCGACGUCCAGGCGGAGACACCCUGGCUCCGCCUCCUCAGAGAGGCCAUGGCCAAUCAGAAGCGAGCGGAAACAGAGCAUCGCUCGCGAAGGGGAUGGAACCGAGGUUGCUUUGGUCUCAAACUGGACCGAAUCGGGUCCAUGAGCGGAUUGGGCUGCUAGUAGAAAUGUGCACCGGAACAGACUGCAGUCACCGUUUUGGAUGCUGGAAGGUAAAAGGAAUUUGACAUGUUAGUUACCAUGCUAGUAGAAGUUUAUCACUGUUUGAAUAGUGCAGCUUUAUAUGCUUUCAUGUGUAAGUUUUAGAAUGUCAUCAAGCAACAUAUGCUCAUUGUAAAACUCCUGUUAAUAGUAAAUCAUGUAUAGCUUUUGUUUGCAAAUCAUAGUCAACUGUUGUGUAGUAAAGACUACUGGACAUGUGCACACUUCCCACUGUUUAUUCACCUAUGGAUUUGCAUCAAUAAACAGAUUUGGACAUUUU